GGAUAUGUGAAAACGCACUCUAAAACUUACUGGAUUCCAUGAUAAAUACAAACUAGAAAGAAUUAAUAAUGCCACCGAAAAAGGUUGUUAGGAGAAAGAAAAAGAAACCAGUUAAAAAGGAGCCUGUCAUAACCGAUGAGCAAAUAAAGUUGUACCAGCAAGUGUUCAGACGUUUUGAUAAGGAUAAGAAUGGGACGAUAUCCGUAGAGAACUUGGAAAAAGUCAUGAAGGCUUUAGGCCAGGAUAUUGCCCAUGACGACAUUAAAUCAAUGAUACAGGAGUACGACAGAAGUGCAAAUGGUUUCAUAAGCUACCUCGAUUUCAUGGAAAUCAUGGUCAAAAGAGGGGACCAGACAGAAAUUAUAACGGAGGAAGAAUUAACAGAGGUGUUCAGCGUAUUCGAUAUGGAUGGUUGUGGGACGAUCACUGCUCAUGAUCUUAGAGAAGCAAUGGCGGCCCUGGGUAAUGGCAUCACAGAACAGGAAGCAGAAGAACUUAUACAAAAGGCUGACAAAGACGAGGACGGAUUAGUUAACAUAACAGAAUUUCGCGCUGCCUUUGAAAUGUUGGACACCAGUGGGACGGGGAAGGUGGCAAUAUCGCAACUUCCCGAUAUCAUUCGCAAAAUAGAUCCUACAGCAAGACGAUCAGAUAUCAACAACAUGGCAAAACUUCUGAAUAAAGAUGGGGAAUUUGGAUUCCACGAUUUUGUCAACGCACUGACUCUUAGAAUGCGACAAGCAGAUAUCGAGGAUGAAUUACAAAGAGCCUUUCGAAUUUUUGAUAAGGAUGGAGACGGAUAUAUUACAGUCCGAGAACUUAGGCAUCUGAUGACAAAUCUAGGUGAAAAGUACACGGAGGAAGAAGUCAAUGAAAUGAUACAAAUUGCUGACUUUAACCAAAAAGGAAAGGUCGAUUUUCAAGAUUAUAUAAAGCUGGUGACACAGUCUUCAAGAUAUGAUAGCUGAGUUUAUACGGUUGUAAUACCAAACUCUUUCUGAUAGAAAUUAAAGAAGACGGUGUGAAGAAAUCAAAAUAAAUGUGCAUUGAAUAUGAUUGAUAUUCAU